AUGUUGCUGCUCAUCACUCCGAAGCUCGAGGUUCAGAUGAGAGGACUUUUUGAUGUAACGACGUAUAACAUUGCUGCGGUGUUUGUAUCUGUGAUACCCAACAAAUUCCAUUUCGCGAACUUUACUGAGGACAGCGACGUGGCGGGGUUGACGGUGAAGUAUGAGGAUGUGGGCGAGUGUGCAGACUUGACGACAUACGAGCUGACUUUCCUGGACCAAACGGUAGCAGUGACACGAGCAACUGCCAACAGGAUAGCUUACGCCUUCACACAGUGCGUCGACGUGACAUUCACUCUGGUGCGCUACCUGGGCGGCUUGGAAAUUGGAAAUAGAUCUGUUACGCAAGACUUCGCUCCGAAAGACUUCAACUUCAUAAACUUCAUGGAGUCGUCGAACGAUACUGGCUACAGCUUCUCGUUUGACGAGUCCUGCUUGUGCAAAGAUCGAGCCACUUACACCCUCACAAUCAACGACGAAACGAUUGAUGUAAACUACGGCCAAACAGGGCACCACGCCAAGACGUUCACAGCGUGCAUUCCUGUCGUGACGUUCACACUGCGCCGUUAUGUGGGGGGCGUUGAGUACGGAAAUGAGGGAACCAUAACUGACUUUGCCCCUCAAAAUUUCAAAUUCCGCGAUUUCAAAGAAUCUUCGGACAACACGGGCUAUACGUACUACUUCGAUGACGAUGGUCUGUGCACUAGCUUGACCAAUUACAAACUUUCCAUCAACUCCGACACCUUUGAUGUGACGCGCGCCCAGGACGGCUCCAGGUCGCACACCUUCACGCAGUGCGAAGAAAACGUAAAAUUUACGCUUCGCCGCUACGUUAGCACGAGGCUCAUCGGGGAUCCCAUUGAACUCACGGAUUUUGCCCCGAGAAGUAAUUCUUAG